GGUUCCGCCCACGCCCCCACCAACAGCCGCACCACGUCGGAAGGGGCCACCAACUGCGUGUGCCGCAACGGGUAUUACCGGGCAGACGCCGAUCCCGUCGACAUGCCCUGCACCACCAUCCCCUCUGCCCCCCAGGCCGUGAUCUCCAGCGUGAACGAGACCUCCCUGAUGCUGGAGUGGAGCCCCCCGCGCGACUCGGGGGGCCGCGAGGACCUGGUGUACAACAUCAUCUGCAAGAGCUGCGGCUCCGGCCGCGGCGCCUGCACGCGCUGCGGGGACAACGUGCAGUUCGCCCCGCGCCAGCUGGGCCUCACGGAGCCGCGCGUCUACAUCAGCGACCUGCUGGCCCACACGCAGUACACCUUCGAGAUCCAGGCGGUCAACGGGGUCACCGACCAGAGCCCCUUUUCCCCGCAGUUCGCCUCCGUCAACAUCACCACCAACCAAGCUGCUCCUUCUGCCGUGUCCAUCAUGCAUCAGGUCAGCCGCACUGUGGACAGCAUUACCCUCUCGUGGUCUCAGCCCGACCAACCCAACGGCGUCAUCCUGGAUUAUGAGCUGCAAUACUAUGAGAAGGAUCUGACUGAACUAAAUUCAACAACAGUGAAGAGCCCCACCAACACUGUGGCAGUGCAAAACCUCAAGGCUGGCACCAUCUACGUCUUCCAGGUGCGGGCACGAACCGUCGCUGGCUACGGCCGGUAUAGCGGCAAGAUGUACUUCCAGACCAUGACUGAAGCUGAGUACCAGACCAGCGUGCAGGAGAAGCUGCCGCUCAUCAUCGGCUCCUCGGCGGCAGGGCUGGUGUUCCUCAUCGCCGUGGUCGUCAUCGGGAUUGUGUGCAACAGAAGACGGGGCUUUGAGCGUGCUGACUCCGAGUACACUGACAAGCUGCAGCACUAUACCAGUGGCCACAGUACGUACCGCGGCCCCUCGCCGGGCCUGGGGGUCCGCUCUCUCUUCGUGACACCCGGGAUGAAGAUUUAUAUUGACCCCUUCACCUACGAAGAUCCAAAUGAGGCAGUCAGGGAAUUUGCAAAAGAAAUUGAUAUCUCUUGUGUCAAAAUCGAGCAGGUGAUCGGGGCAGGGGAAUUCGGUGAGGUGUGCAGUGGGCAUCUCAAGCUCCCUGGCAAGAGAGAGAUCUUUGUGGCCAUCAAGACCCUGAAGUCCGGUUACACAGAGAAGCAGAGACGGGACUUCCUGAGCGAAGCCAGCAUCAUGGGACAAUUCGACCACCCCAAUGUCAUCCACUUGGAGGGAGUGGUGACCAAGAGUUCUCCGGUUAUGAUCAUCACCGAGUUCAUGGAGAAUGGCUCACUGGACUCCUUCCUACGGCAAAACGAUGGGCAAUUCACUGUGAUCCAACUGGUGGGCAUGUUGCGGGGCAUCGCGGCUGGCAUGAAGUACCUGGCCGAUAUGAACUACGUGCACCGGGACCUGGCUGCCCGCAACAUCCUGGUCAACAGCAACCUGGUCUGCAAAGUGUCUGACUUUGGCCUCUCACGUUUUCUGGAGGAUGACACCUCUGAUCCCACCUACACCAGUGCACUGGGUGGGAAGAUCCCCAUCCGGUGGACGGCACCAGAGGCAAUUCAGUAUCGAAAAUUCACAUCAGCCAGUGACGUGUGGAGCUACGGGAUAGUUAUGUGGGAGGUGAUGUCCUACGGCGAGCGGCCCUACUGGGAUAUGACCAACCAAGAUGUGAUAAAUGCUAUUGAGCAAGAUUAUCGGCUGCCACCACCUAUGGAUUGUCCAAAUGCCUUGCACCAACUAAUGCUUGACUGUUGGCAGAAGGACCGAAACCAUCGACCCAAAUUUGGGCAAAUUGUCAACACCUUAGAUAAAAUGAUCCGAAACCCCAAUAGCCUGAAAGCCAUGGCUCCUCUCUCCUCUGGGAUCAACCUCCCUCUACUUGACCGCACAAUCCCAGAUUAUACCAGCUUCAACACUGUGGAUGAAUGGCUGGAUGCCAUCAAAAUGAGCCAGUACAAGGAGAGCUUUGCCAGUGCUGGCUUCACCACCUUUGACGUGGUCUCUCAGAUGACUGUAGAGGACAUUCUGCGAGUUGGGGUCACUUUAGCAGGACACCAGAAGAAAAUCCUGAACAGUAUCCAGGUGAUGAGAGCACAGAUGAACCAAAUCCAGUCUGUGGAGGUUUGAUAGCUACGCAUCUCCUUCCUCAAGGUCCUGCUCCCCUUUCCCCAUGUAUGUCCGAGCUCCAGUUCUUGAGUAUUCUGCAUGGACCAGAGACGGGCAGCUGCUCUGAGGAUCAUGGCAACAGGAAGAAAUGUCCUGUCUUCAAUAACGAGAAGCCGCCAAGAGCUUCUAGCAUUUAAGCAAUGGAAAAAGGGAA